AUGAAGAGCACAACCUCGCUAUCGUGGCUCGCCACACUUCUUGCCAGCGGUGCAGCGGCCGUGACAAUUGAGGAGAUCAACGGCAACAAGUUUCUGUCGUCAUACAAUGGGCAAAGCGUCACAAAUGUGACGGGCAUUGUGACGGCAAAGGGCCCAAGUGGAAUCUGGAUCCGUUCAGUCGAGAAAGGGACAGAUCCCAAGGUGUCGGAUGCCAUUUAUGUAUAUGGCAGCGCGCUGGCCUCGAAUGCUUCAAUUGUUACGGGCGAUGUCAUUGUGCUCAAUGGCAAGGUGAGCGAGUACAGAUCCGCUUCCACCUAUCUCUAUCUCACCGAGAUCACCUCGCCAACCGUCACUGCCAUUUUGGAACAUGGCCAGACGGUAGAGCCGCUCGUCAUUGGUGUCGACACCCUGAGCCCGCCGACGGGAGAAUACACCAGCCUUGACGCAGGAGAUGUUUUUGCUGUGCCCAACAAUCAGUCUCUCAUCUCGGCCGUGAACCCCGAGCUGGAUCCUGAAAACUACGGACUGGACUUUUGGGAGAGUCUCGUCGGCCAGCUGGUGACAGUACAGAGCCCCGUUGCCCUUUCAAAGCCAAACCAGUAUGGCGAUCAAUGGGUCGUUGGCUCCUGGGCGACGACGGGAGAGAACGAGAGAGGCGGACUCACCAUUACCAGCAAAGAUGGUAACCCGGAAGCCAUUCGAAUCACGGAUCCUCUUGACGGUACUGACAAUCCUUCCGACAGCAAGCUCGGAGACAAAUUUGAGGAUAUUAUUGGUGUUGUCACGCAAGUCUAUGGAUUUUAUCACAUUCUGCCCCUGACCAACAUUACCGUGAUCGAGUCAUUGAGCCCGGCCUUGCCGGAUGCAACAACCCUGACCAGCGACGGUGUAUGCUCUGGCCUGACUGUAGGCGACUACAAUGUCGAGAACUUUGCUCCCAGCGACACUGCCCACGUCCAGGACGUUGCUGCGCAUAUUGUCGACUAUCUGCUUACUCCCGACCUUCUCUUCAUCCAAGAGAUCCAGGACAAUAAUGGCGAGACGGAUGACGGAGUUGUCGAGUCGGAUGUGACCCUGUCCACCCUGACUGCCGCCAUUGCGGAAUUGAGCGGCGUGACCUACAACUACACCUACAUUGCGCCCGUCAACGAUGAAGACGGUGGUGCGCCCGGUGGAAAUAUCCGCGUUGCCUAUCUGUUCCGCCCCGACGUGCUCCAGCUUCGCAACCCCAACCCCGGCAAUGCGACUACCGCCAACGAGGUACUCGCAGGUGCAGAGCUACUGUACAAUCCUGGGCGCAUCGACCCGACCAAUGCGGCCUGGGACUCCAGCCGAAAGCCUCUGGUCGCUGCGUGGGAAACUCUGGAUGGCAGCAACACCUUCUUCACUGUCAACGUGCACUGGGCUUCCAAGGGUGGCAGCUCCUCUAUCCAGGGUGACGCACGCCCUCCUGUCAAUGGCGUCGUGGCUGCUCGUCAGCAACAGGCCGAAGUUACUGCUGCAUUUGUUGCACAGAUCCUCGCAGAAGACCCCGAGGCAAAGAUCAUAGUCGCUGGAGACUUCAACGAGUACCCAGUCGUCAAGCCGAUUGAGGACUUCCUGUCCCUGUCCGGCCUCCAAGAUCUCGACGUGGUGGCAGGCAUCCCCGAGGUCGAGAGGUACACGUAUCUCUACGACAUGAACUCGCAGGAGCUGGACCACGUCUUUGUUAGUGCCGCGAUUGCCGGUGCCUCCACGGCGCCGCAGUUUGAGCACAUUCAUGUCAACACCUGGGUCUCUUAUGACGACCAAGUAUCAGACCAUGACCCCAGCAUCGGUAAAUUCGACCUGUGCAAAUAUUAA